UACUGCUGGCUGCUUGGCUGCCUCUCCCCAGUUCCUCCAGCUUGCUUAGAGUCCAAUGGGCCUGCAGACUGGGCACCGAGCACACCUACCUGCCUUUGUGACACCUGCUAAGAGGGUUCUCUGUGGUGGCCUGGCAGGGCAGAGGGCUGCUGGGUCUCCAGACGUUAGAGCAUGGAAGGGCCCAUCCAACUCCUGGCCUGCUUGGCAUGUGUCCUCCAGAUGGGAUCACUUGUGAAAACUAGAAGAGAUGCUCUGGGGGAUUUGCUGGACACAGAGGCGCAUAGUGCACCGGAGCAGCGCUGGUCCAUGCAGGUGCCCGCCGAGGUAAGCGCGGAGACGGGCGAGGCGGCGGUGCUGCCCUGCACCUUCACGCACCCGCACCGCCACUACGACGGGCUGCUGACGGCCAUCUGGCGCGCGGGCGAGCCGUACGCGGGCCCGCAGGUGUUCCGGUGCACCGCGGCACGAGGCAGUGAGCUGUGCCAAACUGCACUGAGCCUGCAGGGCCGCUUCCGCCUGCUAGGCAACCCGCGCCGCAACGACCUGUCGCUGCGCGUCGAGCGCCUCGCCCUGGCGGACAGUGGCCGCUACUUCUGCCGCGUGGAGUUCGCAGGCGACGCCCACGACCGCUAUGAGAGCCGCCACGGGGUCCGGCUGCGUGUGACCGCUGCGCCCAGGAUCGUCAACAUCUCGGUGCUGCCAGGGCCCGCGCACGCCUUCCGCGCGCUCUGCACGGCCGAGGGGGAGCCCCCGCCUGCCCUCUCCUGGUCGGGCCCCGCCCUGGGCAACAGCUCGGCUGCCAUGCGGGGCCAGGGUCACGGCUACCAGGUGACCGCCGAGCUGCCCGCGCUGACCCGGGAUGGCCGCUACACGUGCACGGCAGCCAAUAGUCUGGGCCACGCAGAGGCCAGCGUCUACCUGUUCCACUUCCAUGGCGCCCCCGGAGUCUCGACUUUGGCGCUCCUGCUCAGCGCUCUGGGCCUCAAGGCGCUGCUGCUGCUUGGUGUUCUGGGUGCGCGCGCCACCCGCAGUCGACUAGAUCACCUGGUCACACAGGACACCCCGCCACGGUCUCAGGCUCACGAGUCCAAUUACGAAAAUUUGAACCAGAUGAAUCCCCCAGGCCACCAGCUGCCACGUGUUUGCUCUGAGGAACUCCUUGGCCAUCACCAUCUAGUCAUGCACCAUGAGAAAUAAAGAACAGUACCAGGCUAGACCUGUACAGCUCCCAAUUCCCAGGUUUCAUGGCAGCUGUGGGCCAGGCAACUUCUAGGGGACCCAGGACCCUGAUCAUAGAGGUUCAGAGCCCUGCAGUAUUAUGCCAGUGGAGUCAACAACCUGGAUGUAUAUGUAUAUGUAUGUGUAUAUGUAUAUGUAUAUGUAUAUGUAUAUGUAUAUGUAUAUGUAUAUGUAUAUGUAUAUGUAUAUGUAGUAUAUGUACGCCCACCUGAGCCUCAGCAUGAAA